CUUAGAUUAUGUUUAAAAUUCUAGAGACACACGUUAACUAAACUAAGGUUUUUUUAUCUCUGAACUUAAUUUUUUAUAUAAUUUUUUACAUCUUUUAUCUUACGUGGCAUACUCCGUGAAUUCGCACAAUUAAGACGUGUGAGAAAUAUAUGGAUGUCACGUAAGUAAAAAAAAAUGCACAAAAUUACAAAAAGAAAAUAACUUAAAAAGAUAAGAUGCGUCUCUGAGAUUUCGCUGUGUAGUGGUAGUUGUGCAUUUACUCUCUUAUUUAUUUUCUUGUACUAUUAAUCUCUCUCUUCAUUUUCCUUUUUAUUCACUUCAUAUUUCACUUCCCCUGUUUUUUUGUUUUUGUAAAUUUGAGAUGAUCAAAGUUGGACCAGUGGGAAGCAAUGUUGGUUCCAUAUGGGAAGAAAAUGGACGAAGUGAAGUUGCUGGUAUUUUUGUUUCUUUCACCGAAAACACAAUUCAGUCGCUUCAGUUUCUGUUUUAUGAGAAUGGCAAUUAUGUUCAGUCCAAUAAGCAUGGCAGUGACCACUCUGAAAACUUUUGUGCGCUUCUGUUUGAUUAUCCAUCAGAGUUUCUUACUUCGAUAAGUGGUUCGUAUAUUGGCGAUGGGUAUUUAUCAACAGGUUUAGAUGCUAUUAAAUUUAAUACCAACAAGGGUUGUUACGGACCAUUUGGGCGUACAGAGCCUACAAGUAGUAGCAAGCGAUUCAACUUUGAAUUACGAAAUCAUCGUCUAUUUGGUGGUUUUCAUGGCACCAUGAGUCGUCAUGCUGUUGAGAGUAUUGGGAUUUAUGUUAAGCCAGUCAUAUCCUCCAUGAAUUACUUGAAAGGAUCUCUUCGAGUUAAGGCUGAAAAAUGAUUGUACUUCCGUUUUACUUUUACCCUAUGCUUGCUGCUGGCUUAUUAUGUAAUGUUUUAUCAUUUAUAUAUGCUGUGUUGUAAAAUAAGUUCCUCGUGGUAAGAUCUUUGUACCGUCUAUGCUUCUCAGAAAUUUACUUGCUAGGUAUGUUAUUGUUCUUCAUACUACCGUCUAUGCUUCUCAGACUUCACUUUGUUAUUGUUGUAUUUAUUGUAAUAUGUUGCCAUACAAUGUACAGAACAUGAAGCUUACAAGUAAUUUAGAUUUGAAAUUCUCUUUUAA